AUGGGGCCGCCACCUCGGCAUUCGGCUUCCCAUGUUGCAAAAGGACCUUCCAAGCUAGUCCUUUCGUCUGAAAGCUCCUCUAGUAACGAUGUGACCCCGAAGCAUGCCUCUUCGGAGGGGCAGCUCGCAAAAAAAGCACGAGCAGCCGCAGGGGAAGGUAGACCAUCACCGCAUGCCUCCCAAGAUAUGAAGCCCGUGGCAUUUCAGACGCCUGGGAAGCAUUCUGACAUUCCAAAGGUACCUCCGAAAAAAGCACCUCCACCGCCUUCGGUGGAUGUUUUGGGCUCUCUAUAUGUCCCGGUAUCACAAAAGAGUGACCCAAAGCGUGCUGCACCGGACCCCGCACUGGGAUCGGAGGACCCCCUUUUGGCUGUAGAUUCGUCUAUACCUCCGGUUCAAAGAGUCAAAAGCGCGGUAGCUGUCAGGUCUGCUAGCGUUAAGCGCGAGAAGGAACGUCAGGCAAAAAGCACUUCCAUGGAACUUGGAAAAGACAUGUUCCAGCCGCUCAAUCGGAUGGCUUCAAAGAAUGCCCCUAAGCCUGGAGAACAACCUGUUUCUGGGAAACCCGUGGAAAGUAUACCCCUCACAACUCAAGGGAGAGUGGCACUGCCUGAAGCGGCCGUAACUGCGGGUACACCACGUGGCAGAGAGAGGAUUAAAGCAUCGCCUAGUAGAAGACAUGCGCAGGAAAGUAGUAGGACCAAGACACCUUCCGCAAGGCAGGAUGCUGGCGGCUUUAAGGAAGCCACAGCGACAGCCUUACAAGAAAGCAGGGCUGAAGAUGCGUGGGGACCGUCACGGCAACGCGGUGUCUCGGAUAAACCGCGGGAUACCGGUGGCGGUAGGGCCUCCCCGCACCAUACCCAGAUGGGUGCAGCGGAAAAGAGAGCCCCCGCAACUGGAGCUUCCGCUUCGAAGAAUUUGAUGACAUUUUCUAAGCAGCAGCCUAGACUCCCAAGAGGGCGUUCGGGUCAAGAACCUGGAGUACAUACGAAUCCAUGGCCUGAUACGGUGUCAGAGAGUCCGAGGAAGCACAAAGCCUCUCCCAAUAUGCCACAGAACCUACCAUCUGUUGGAUCGGAUUCUGCCCAGUCACCUAGACCUAAGACAGCCGUCGAUCAAGCUACUACUCAGGGGCUCGAAGGGCGCCUUGAGAAAUUAGUGCGGCGAAUCAGAGAACUGGAGGCGCAGGCACAAGAGGCUAACAGGAAGCAUAAGGAAGAACUUGAGCGUAUGGAACAGGAACUCCGGUCAAGCCUUGCCCGAGAAAUCAACCAAGACCGAUUAGAGCACGAAGCAGCAUUGAGUCGGGCCAGAAAGGAGGAGCGAGACAAGAUGGAGGAAUUCAAGAAGGAAGCUCUGGCUCGACAGAACAGUAUGAAGAUGCGAUGUGACGCAUCAGUCCGCGAGUUACAAGGGAAAAUUGAUCAUUUGGAGAAAGAGUUAAAGGCCAAAACAGCAGACUUUGAAAAGGAAAGAAGUGUGUUGAUGAAGUCGUUUGAAGCAAAGCAAAAAAAAAAUCUCCAAGUGCACGAGACUCAAGCACAAACGCAUCAGAAGGAGCUUAAAGAUAAGCAGUCGGAGCUGUUAGAGCAACAGGGCAGGGUUCAAGCGCUUACUGCUAGCAUGCAGACGCUUACAACUUCCCUUGCACAAAUGAAGGAGCUAAACGACAUUUCGCGAACAGCGACACAAGCACUGGAAGAAAAAGCGAAAACUCAAGCUGCUUUCAUCAACACACUGCUUAAAAGGGAGGAAAAUAUGCGAAUCCAGGCAGCAAAGCUUAUGCCAAUAAAGGAAGCUAAACGGUUGGCAUUUCGGGCAUUACUUAAAGGGAGAGCAGUCGAGAUGAUAUCACGGGCGUGCAUGCCGACAGAUGCCAGCCUUUGGAACAAAGCUUGGGCUUUCCAGCAGCUUGUCUACCUCAUCGGCGGCUCACGCGGAUCCAGAGAACAACGGCAAGAUGCAAUAGAAUCGAGACUCAUGCAGUUUCGCAAAGAACAGAUGUUUUUGAUGGCUGAAAACGAGAGGCUCAUGGCCAAAGUUGCUGAGUUACAGCAAGAGGGAGUGAAUCAAAGGCAAAGCAAGGCUGCAUUAGUGGAGCAGGCGCUUAUCGGAGAUAACACCGUCGCCAUGAGCCGCAGCAGCACUCAAAGUUACAAUAAAGGCGGUCCCCAUCAGGAGCUCGGUAUUCGAUGGCUCCUAUUGUCUGUACAGCAAAUAUUGAACAAGAAGGUGUUAUGGGCGUUUCUACGGCUACACAAAGUGACAACAGAAGUCGAGUCAAAUACUACAAUUGACAAGUUACAGAAAAAAUUCAAUGAAUUGCGAGUGUCCGCGUACAAGGAAAUGGCAGCAAGAAUUGGAGUGUACAGACUUGCAGCUUUCACCAAGCGCCUUCGUCAGCGACUGCUGUUCAGCGGUUUCUUUUCCCUGGCCAAAAAUGCAGGCCGGCGUGCAAAGCAUGAGAUCUUGAAGCAGUUUGAUCAUUUUGGAGCUUCCCAGGAUCCCUUCACACAAGAAUUUAGAGUGCCUGAAGUGUCCUUUCCAGAUGCCUACACCCCAGUUCCUGACCAUGGACGAAUGGAUCUUAAUAAGCCUUUGGCACACCAACCGCAUUACUAUCGGCAGCUGCCUUCCGUGCGGAAUCCUGUAGGAGGGCGCAGCGCGUUUGUCCCUAUGGCAGAAAGGAGACCACCAAUCCAAGGGUAUGCCCCGCACCCGGGUUUUUCAAAUUCUCGCUUCACCCUUGGUGUGCCCCCCGUUGUCUCUUGUGGUCGAAGAGUUACCACGAAUGCUGGAGUACCAAAUGUUUUCCCUUCCGGCCCUUACGACGCAACACAGAGGGUAGAUGAGCGAGGUGCACUUUUCCGCAUGAGGGGAGCGCAGCAGGACCUAAGGAAGAUCAUGAUGGAAGACGGGGUCGACAAUACUGGAGCCCGCAUUGUGGGGAAAAAGUAA